AUGGAAUCUAUAGGAACGAUGGACGUCUUUGCUCGAUUGGGAGAGGCACGAGAUGCAUUUCUGUCAAUGAACAGUGGGGCUCCAGCGAGAUAUGUCGGCGAGCUAUUGACUGGGGUACACCCUCGACAUUUGUUGAUGGAGCCCAUCCUCGUUCCUUUCGGAGUAACAUUAUACCUCGGUCUCAAACCACACUUUACUCUUGCUUGCCGAAAGCUAGGAACAAAUGGAAAGUCCAAGCUCUUCAAGCUCUUCGUUCUAAUUCACAACUUGCUUCUCUGCGCGUACUCAACGUGGACCGCAUCGAACGUGGUCCUCAUGACUAUUUCUCACCUUCGCAAUGAGGGCGUCGAAUCUGUAUACUGUAAAAAGAACCUGUGGCACUCCGGUUUGCAUUACUGGGGCUUUCUGUUCUACCUGAGCAAGUAUUGGGAACUGGUUGACACCCUCUUGCUCAUCGUCAAGGGGCGUUCGCCGAGCUAUCUGCAAGUUUACCAUCACGCAGUGACGAUCAUCUGCGCCUAUGCAUUGCAGGUGAGCCAUGCGUCGGUAACGUUUAUCUUUGUUGGGCUCAAUUCUACUGUGCAUUCAAUCAUGUAUGCGUAUUAUGCACUUACUGUCAUAGGUGUCAGACUCAAGGGGAAGAGCUUGAUCACUUCUAUGCAAAUUGUGCAGUUUUUGUCUGGGAUUGCGUUGGCGUGCCCAAUGUUCUUCUUGAAGAAUGGCAAGUGCGCGAAUCCGGCCCAGAAACUUGCUGUCGGGGUGUUGAUAUUGCACGCAUUCUAUUUGACGAAGCUCUUUGUUGACUUUUACUGCGAGACAUAUCGACGCAAGGCCAAGGCCGCCUAAGCGCAACGUAUUAGACAUUCAAGUGAGAGGACGUGGUCAUGAGAGGUACCGCAUUGCCUGGCUCACAAAGGGGCGGCACAAGAAGCGAGGUUUGAAGGGCUCUGUUGAAAGAGAUAGAGAAUGCUAACGAGGUACAAUCAGGUCAGUAAAUGAUGACGAGUUUUGUUGUGA